UAUUGUUACUUUGUCUGUGGAUGUCUUGAUAAUGAGAUCUGUAUCAUUGUGUGUAAAUGUACUUUUUCCUGUGAUGUUUCUAUUUUUAACGUGAGAAAACACCAGUAACUCUUAGUAAAUUGUAUCUUUGUCGUUAUUUUUGAUUUUUAGAGCAGUUAAUUAAUUGCGAUAAAUAUGGCGGCUAUAUUUGAAGACGUGCUUGUUUCAUCUUUGUCCGAAGAAAUGAAGAAAACUGAAAAAAUACCUUUUCCUGUGACUCUUCAUGUAGCUGACGAGUUUGAAAAUUUAAAUUUACUUUUUAAACCAAGUGGCACAAAUGGUCUGGAUUCCCUCCUUGAAGUAGUUUUUGACAAAGAUACUGACGGUGCAAAAAUGGGAAGUCAUUCUUAUAUUGUUUCUAAAGAUGUUUCUUCAAUCCAUUUACAGUACAACAAUGCAAAUGAUCUUUCUAGAUUCAAAGCCAUAGUUGAUGGGUUUCGAAACGGAAGGAAUUCCAUGUUUUCCAUUCGGACGGAUGAUUCUUCAGCGACUCAAUAUUUUCAGUUUUACAGUUAUUUAUCACAACAACAAAACAUGAUGCAAGAUUACAUUAGGACAUCUACAUACCAAAGAGCUAUUCUUGCAAACUUAGAAGAUUUUAAAGACAAAGUGGUUCUGGACGUUGGUGCAGGAUCUGGUAUUCUGUCCUUCUUUGCUGCUCAAGCAGGUGCUAGAAAAGUUUAUGCUGUUGAAGCUUCUUCCAUGGCAAAACAUGCUGAAACACUUGUGUAUCAUAACAAAUUGACUGGAAGGGUUGUCGUCAUUCCUGGAAAAAUCGAAGAAAUAACUCUUCCUGAAAUGGUUGACGUAAUAAUUUCCGAACCUAUGGGGUAUAUGCUUUUUAAUGAAAGAAUGUUGGAGACAUAUCUUCAUGCCAAAAAGUGGUUAGUCCCUAAUGGUAAAAUGUUCCCUUCAAGAGGUGAUUUACAUAUAGCACCUUUUAGUGAUGCUGCCUUGUAUAUGGAACAAUUAAAUAAGGCUAAUUUUUGGUACCAACAAUCAUUCCAUGGUGUAGAUUUAGCUAGUUUGCGCGAUGCUGCUGUUAAAGAAUAUUUUAGACAACCAAUAGUUGAUACUUUUGAUAUCAGUAUUUGUAUGGCCAAAUCGUUACGUCACACCGUAGAUUUUCUGGUAGCUCAAGAAACAGAUUUGCACAAAAUAGAUAUUCCUUUAAAUUUUGUUUUAAAUCAAACUGGUGAAAUACACGGUCUUGCCUUUUGGUUUGAUGUUGCUUUCUUUGGUUCAACGCAAACAGUUUGGUUAUCAACAGCUCCAACUCAACCUCUUACUCAUUGGUAUCAAGUUAGGUGUUUAUUAGAAACGCCUCUAUUCGCACAACGGGGACAGUCAGUCUCUGGUAAAGUGGUCCUUAACUCUAAUAAAAGGCAAAGUUAUGAUGUUGACAUCGAGUUGAUGAUUGAUGGAAGCAGUAUACGAGCUUUCAAUACCCUGGAUCUCAAAAAUCCGUUCUUUCGUUACACUGGGCAACCUCCACAGCCACCUCCUGGUUGUAACGAAACUUCUCCCAGUGAAGGUUAUUGGCAGACUUUAGAUGCCCAACAAUCCAACAAUACCAAUUUAGUAGUAAAUGGCAUAACUCUGAUGAAUGGUGAUACUGUGAUGGAUGCUCAUCCAGUACAGCAACACGUACCACACAGUCCUAUUGGCUCUCAACAAAGCAGCACAAUUAUACCUUUGGGUGAGUUAGGAAACUUACAAAAUUCAGGAAAUAGUCCAAAUAGUAGAACUACUUCAAGAAUUCAAGCAAGUGUUCCAACUAGUUCCAUUGGCGGUGGUAUUUCUCCAUCAUUGUUCACACAGCAACAGCAACAUGUUGUCCUGGGAAACACAACUCAUUUUCCUGUUAGUAAUAGUUUGAUGAUUGGAGAUUAUGCAACUCCAGGGAAUAUAGUCAUGCCAGGUCAAAUUGACUUAGUCAAUACAUUCAAGCAUUCAUAGAACUAUUUGUCAUCAGUAUUAAAAAACUGUAAUAGGGUUUUCAAUUCUCCACAACAGUCAAUUUGUAAAAUUUUGUGUUAGUUUUAGCAACAAAUUCAGUUGAAAAAAGCAAAUCAUACUACAAAGCCAACCAAAAAUAGAUUUGUUUUCCAGCAUUCCCAUGACAUUUGUUUUCUCGACUAAGUAUGGCAGCUUUGCUCUGUGGUACUGAUUACAAAGCAUAGAAAAUAUAGCACUCAACAUGUGAUAGAAA